GCAUGAUGUCGCUGUCUACUAAGAAGUUACACCUAACCAGUGUUCCAAACCUGUUCCUUCUAUUACUGCAUCAUCCUUUUAUUGCCGAAUAAUGGCGGAUGCAGAGUUGAAUUCAUAGAAUCCAGAUAAUCCAGCCUUUCAUCUUUAGAUCGACAAAAUAUUGUCUAAUGACAAUAAAACAAGAAGUAUUUGACAUGGUGUUCACUCCUGAAGGCAGACAACGAAAGCGAUGCCUGAUGCUCUCGCUUCUGCUCCUCGCAGCCUGGGAGGAGGGGAGCGGCCAGCUCCAUUACUCGGUCUCCGAGGAAGCCAAACACGGCACCUUUGUGGGUCGCAUCGCGCAGGACCUGGGGCUGGAGCUGGAGGACCUGGUGCCCCGCCUGUUCCGGGUGGCGUCCAAGGGCCGCGCGGACCUUCUGGAGGUAAAUCUGCAGAAUGGCGUUUUGUUUGUGAAUUCUCGGAUCGACCGGGAGGAGCUGUGCGGGCGGAGCGCGGAGUGUAGCAUCCACCUGGAGGUGAUCGUGGACCGGCCGCUGCAGGUUUUCCACGUGGACGUGGAGGUGAAGGACAUUAACGACAACCCGCCUGUGUUUCCAGCGACACAAAAGAAUCUGCUCAUCGCGGAAUCCAGGCCGCUUGACUCUCGGUUUCCACUAGAGGGCGCAUGGGACGCAGACAUCGGCGAGAACGCUCUGCUGACCUACAGCCUGAACCCCAAUGAGUAUUUCUCGCUGGACGUACCAACCAACCACCAGCAGGUGAAGCCUCUUGGACUUGUGUUACGGAAGCCUCUGGACAGGGAAGAAACUCCGGAGCUCCUGUUAUUGCUCACGGCCACCGAUGCGGGCAAACCCGAGCUGACCGGGACCGUCGAGUUACUCAUCACGGUACUGGACGCCAAUGACAACGCCCCAGUGUUCGACAGGACACUCUAUACGGUGCAAUUACCAGAGAAUGUUUCUGUCGGAACGGUGGUGAUUGACCUCAACGCCACGGAUUUGGACGAAGGCUUGAAUGGGGAUAUUACUUACUCGUUCUCCAGUGAUGCUUCUCCGGAUAUCAACUCCAAGUUCCACAUAGACGCCACGAGUGGGGAAAUUACAGUGAUGGGACUUAUUGAUUUUGAAGAAAGUAAGGUCCACAAGAUUCGUGUAGAGGCUAUCGAUAAAGGCUUCCCACCUCUGGCUGGUCACUGUACAGUUCUUGUCAAAGUUGUGGACACCAAUGACAAUGCUCCACAGUUGACCGUCACUUCCCUGUCUCUCCCUAUCUCGGAGAACGCCCAGCCAGGCACAGUAAUCACCUUGAUUAGUGUGUUUGACCGCGAUUCUGGAGCUAAUGGGCAAGUGACCUGCUCAGUGACGCCCAAGAUCCCCUUCAAGCUGGUGUCCACCUACAAGAAUUACUACUCGCUGGUGCUGGACAGCGCCCUGGACAGAGAGAGCAUUUCUGACUACACCGUGGUGGUGACAGCGCGGGACGGGGGCUCACCUUCGCUCUGGGCCACCGCCAGCGUGUCGGUGGAGGUGGCCGACGUGAACGACAACGCGCCGCUGUUCGCGCAGCCCGAGUACACGGUGUUCGUGAAGGAGAACAAACCGUUGCUGGUGAGGGACCACGGCGAGCCCGCGCUGACGGCCACGGCCACCGUGCUGGUGUCUCUGGUGGACAGCGGCCAGGCGCCUAAGGCCUCUUCGCGGGCGAUGGUGGGCGCUGCUGGCCCCGAGUCGACCCUGGUGGACGUGAACGUGUACCUGAUCAUCGCCAUCUGCGCGGUGUCCAGCCUGCUGGUGCUCACGCUGCUGCUGUACACGGCGCUGCGGUGCUCGGCGCCGCCCCCAGAGGGCGCUUGCGGGCCUGGGAAGCCGACGCUGGUGUGCUCCAGCGCGGUGGGGAGCUGGUCUUACUCUCAGCAGAGGAGUCAGAGGGUGUGCUCUGGGGAGGGCCCUCCCAAGACCGACCUCAUGGCCUUCAGUCCCAGCCUACCUCAGGGUCCCAGCUCCACAGACAAUGUGAGUUUUAUAUAA